UUUGGGCGGGUGCCAGUAAUGGAAUGCGGUCACAGGCGCUGCGUAGUCGGUCCGCAGUGUGCCGAAAGAGGAAGUAGACAAGGGGUGCAGUACUCUGUGUGUGUGUGUGUGUGUGUGUGUCUGUAAUUAAUUAUGACAGGUGUUCUCCUGUAAUGGAAGAGAUUUUUACCACUGUAAAAUGAAACCGUCCCAAACCUAAGACGAAAGUUUUAAAUUUUCCACACGGAUAUUCGUUAUUUUCUUUUAGUAUGGUUUGAAAUUGUUCUCUUUAUUCUUGUUUUUAGUUAACGUGUGUACCUUGUACGUCUUCACAGCUGCGGUUUAAUCUUUUGGCAGAACAAAACUUUGUAACGACUGGUGUUAGACAUGAUAGUUUAAGAGAGACAACCCGGCAAGACGUAACACCAGAAUAAGACCAUUAAUAUUAAACAGAUCGCUUUCGAAGUUUCAUUUUUCGUGUUUAGCGCUUUCAGACUACGCGUUUUAGCGCCAUCUAGCGGUUUUUUAUGUUUUACAUUUUUUUACGUUAAAACUUUGUAUUGGCAAAAUUAAAAAGUACAUACAGUACAUAUUUUAGGGGGUAUAAGGGGAGACACCUCCGCCUUCAGCCGCAAUGUUUCGUCUAUUCGCGGCGCUCUUGCUGCUGCCUACACGUGUGGCCCUUCGGCUCGUGUCUUGGUCCUACUGGUCCGUAACGUACGGUACCUGUAGCAUCACCUCAUGCAUGGUGCUCGUGGGUAUGGUGUGGAGAACAGUGUUUAACCCCCGGAAAACGCUGUACUGGAGAGUAAGACGCAAACCCCCUGCCUGCCUGGAAGAUCCUUCGCUGGGAUCGCAUUAUUACAUCCGAAUGAAGAACUCUGGGCUGCGCUUCCAUUACGUGACGGCUGGGGACAGAGGCCGACCUCUCAUGCUCUUCCUUCAUGGAUUCCUGGAGAUGUGGUAUUCAUGGCGAUAUCAGCUUCGGGAGUUCAAGAAUGAGUAUUGUGCUGUGGCAAUAGACCUCCGUGGAUGUGGCGACUCUGACUGCCCCCGGAGGAGGGAGGACUACAAACUGGGUAAUCUUCUGGAAGAUGUGAAGGAUAUCAUCCACACCCUUGGGUACAGACAUUGUGUUCUGGUUGGUCAUGACUUUGGUGGGAUGCUGGCUUGGCACUUUGCAAUAACCUACCCUGAGAUGGUUCAGCAGCUCGUCAUCAUCAAUGCUCCACAUCCAGCUUUUUGGCAGGAAUAUAUUUUUCGCCAUCCUACUCAACUGAUGAAGUCAAGCUUUGCUUUCUUCUUCCAGAUUCCUUUUUUGCCAGAGGUGGUGAUGACACUUGAGGACUUUAGGGUAGUAAAAAAUUUACUGACUGGGCAGCGAUUUGGGAUCCAGAACCCAUCCAAACGUCUUACUGAGCAGGAAGUUGAGGCAUAUCUGUAUUCACUUUCACAGCAAGGACGGCUCACUGGGCCGCUUAAUUAUUACCGUAACCUGUUCAGUGUACCUGCAAAAUGCCAGGAUGUGAAUGUUCCAUGCCUUCUGAUCUGGGGUGAAAGGGAUAUGCUUUUUGGAAUGGAGGUUGCCAAAUGGUCGGGAGCUUAUGUGCGGAACUCCUUCAAGUUUAAAGUAUUACCAGGUUCAAGUCGUUUGGUACAGCAAGAUUAUCCAGAUCAUGUUAACACACUGGUGAAGACAUUUCUUAAGCAAACGUGCAAAUAAUGCUAUUCUGUGCAGUUGUUUGUUUGAAUUUGCAGUUUUCUUUGUCCACCUCAAAAAUAAGUAGGAUUGAAAGGCAUUUGAGUACCUUUAAGCAAAAGCUGUAUAUCUUUGACUGUCAUAACUCGUUAAAGUCAUAUGUGACAAUUUAAGAUCUUAACUGUCUGUGAUGUGGAAGUGCAGAUAAGAUUUAUCAGGGAAUAAUUUCAUUUUAUUUUGAUUUUCAAGUAUUUAUUUUAUCAGAACAAGUUGACUUUUGAGGCAUAUAGUUAGGGUUCUUCCUAACUAGGAAGGCUGGUGCUGCUGCUUAAUUAUUGAAAUGCAUACAGUUGCUAAUUCCAGAUGUUGAAGGUUUCAAGACUGUUCCCUUUCCUGUUUAGAGUAGUAAAUUACAUCAGUACUUGAGGCUGCUGUGCUGUGACUAACAGGAGGUAUGUAGUCAAAAAUGUACUUGGGUUGGGUUGGGGGUGGGAUGUACCGUUUUUAGCCAAUAGCCAGUUAUUGUUUUGGUGAAAGUCAUUGAGCAACUGUCUGAACUUGUCUGAGAUUAUUAGUAACAUUUUAUAAUCAUGUAUUUACUGAACUAGACUGAGUAAUGUUGGUUCAGUCUGUGAGCAUCUGAUUAGCACUGAAUUACUGGCAUAUUAUUUUACAUGCAUGAGGUUAUUCUUAUUAUAAAUCUGGCUUAAUGUAUGGUGCUAUGGGACUCUUUGUAUCCACUUUAUAUCUCUCAAGCAUUUCCAUUUCUUUCUUAAAGUAAUGGUCAAAUAGCAUCCACCCAGAUAUCAACAAAGGUCGAUUUUAUAUACUGAUUUAUUAAGAGACAAGAAAGUUUAUAGGCAACAUUUCAAUGCAAUGCAGUUUGCACAUUUUGACAAUGAGUUCUUGUAUUUUUUCCCACAAUUUGCCUCUUACACCCAGAAUGUGUGAAUGGGGACAUUUGAUUUGUCUGGAACUAAUGUGCAUUCUCGGUAACCUGCAGUUUGUCCCCACUGUCCCAGAAUAGGCCCUGUCUCUCCAAGAUAGAGCAUGAAUGAAUAGACAAUAUAUAUGGAAUCUAUGGAAGCUGCAUUAUUCUGUCCUGACAGAAAGCAAAAAAAAAAAAAAA